AUGCUGUUCUCCCUGCGCGAGCUCGUGCAAUGGCUCGGCUUCGCCACCUUCGAGAUCUUCCUGCACGGGCUGGCCCUGCUCGCCUUCUCCGUGCUGCUCGUGCUCAAGGUGGACGGCGCGGCCGCCGCGCUCUCCUGGUGGAUCGUGUUCGUGCCCUUCUUCGCCGCCGACGGGCUCAGCACCUACUUCACCACCAUCGUGUCCGUGCGGCUGUUCCAGGACGGCGAGAAGCGCCUGGCGGUGCUGCGGCUCUUCUGGAUCCUCACCAUCCUCAGCCUCAAGUUCGUGUUCGAGAUGCUGCUGUGCCAGAAGCUGGUGGAGCACACGCGGGAGCUCUGGUACGGGCUCAUCAUGUCGCCCGUGUUCAUCCUGCUGCAGCUGCUCAUGAUCCGGGCCUGCCGCGUGAACUGAGCCCCGGCCCGGGGGGACUCCCGGGGCCGCUCCGUCGCUGUCCUCGUGCGGAGGGGCAGGUGACAGGCGGGACAGGGCCGUGUCCCGCUCGCGGCCGUGCUGCAGAGCAUCACGUUUCUCCACAAGCUGCACAUCCCUGUUUGUGCCCCCUCAGCUCCUGCCUUGUCCUGCCCUGCAAGUGCGGCUGGGCGUGACAGUUAUUUUAUUUUAGAAUAAAAAUGCCUUGAAGGA